AGAUGUAAACAAAGUCACGUGCCUGUGGGUGUGAUUGAGUGCGUGGGGUCAAAAGGUCACCUGUGUGUGCGCGUGUGUCCUGCAGGGAUCCGGAAGAAGGAGCAGAGCAUGACGGACAUCUCGGCGCUCAGAGAACGGUACCGGAGCAGCACGGAGACCCAGCGGAGACACACGCACGUGCUGCUGCUCCGCACAGUGUCUGAGGAGCUGGCGGAGGCCGUCAGCAUCGUCCCCGUCACUCAGGCUCUGAGGUCGCCAUGGGAACCAGACGGCUGCUUGCCACCGCCCGUGACCUUCGACCUUGACCAGACGCCCGGCUGCGAGCCGUGGCGCCUCCACCUGGGCCUCCACCGCCGCUCCCGUCCCAGAGACCCCUCCCCGGAAACAAUAAUCACCAACAGUUCCUCCCGACGUUCCUCCUCUUCUUCCUCUUCCUCUGACGGCAGGAGUCUCUCUGCAGACUCCACAUCUGAUUGGCCGAGCAGCGCUGGUGCCAAUGGAUCAACAGGAGACCCCGAGACCGGACACGACCGCGACCGCGACCAUGACCACGACCACGUUUCCUCUAGAAACUGUGAAGGCGACCCAGAGGAGAAGGAUCCCGUCUCCGAUUCCCUCGCCGUUUCCAAAGAGCCCAACGGUUGCCAUGGUGAGCCUCGGCAUUGUUCUGCCGCCGGCUCGGAGGAAGGUUUCAGCGCCGGCCGACAGGAUGGCCAGUCUGCCGCCAGCGGUGUCUCGGCGUGGACGGGUUCCAGGAAGUCGGCGCCGGCGCUCCGGUUCACCCGGCAGCAGAGUGUCGGGGGGGUCGGGUCCUCCGCGGGUGGCCACCAGAACCAGAACCAGAACCAGAACUACCAGCCGUUCCCCAACAGGAAGACGCCGAGGAUCUCAGAGGCCGCCCGCAGGCUCGGCAUGUACUCGUCCUUCUGACGGAGAGAACACGCUCAGAAUUAUAUAAUAUCAUAUAUAAUCAGCAUUAUAUAUCUAUAAUAUCAUAUAUAAUCAGCAUUAUAUAUCUAUAAUAUAUAAUCUACUGAUUCACUUAGCAUUAUAUAUCUACACUCACCUAAAGGAUUAUUAGGAACACCCUACUAAUACCGUGUUUGACCCCCUUUCUCCUUCAGAACUGCCUUAAUUCUUGGUGUCAUUGAUUCAACAAGGUGCUGGAAGCAUUCUCUAGAAAUGUUGGCCCAUAUUGAGAGGAUAGCAUCUUGCAGUUGAUGGAGAUUUGGGGGAUGAACAUCCAGGACACGAAGCUCCCGUUCCACCACAUCCCAAAGAUGUUCUAUUGGGUUGAUAUCUGGUGACUGUGGGGGCCAUUUUAGUACGGUGAACUCAUUGUCAUGUUCAAGAAACCAAUUUGAAAUGAUUUGA